AUGGAUCCUUCUGUGGAUAUUCGGGACCUGUUUGAGAACAAGCUAAGUUUUUCUGAGGAAUUUGAGGUGGGCGAUUUGCGGUUUAUUUUCAAGCCGCUGGAGUCCUAUGAGGAGUAUCUGGAGGUGCGUCCUCUCGUCGAGACCCUUUCCAACUCCCCUAUUCUGCAUUGCCGGAAAUAUGUAGACGCUAUGCUGCGGCUUCCGUCCUACUACCCUUUCCUGGUCUGUCUGAUUGACGAUUCUUCAGACCGUGAAUGCGGCAGUGACACCGCAGCCAAUCCAAGUUGCAACGGUGAAGUUGAUGGUGACGCUAUUGGCAACGGUGAUGGCAACGGCGAUGGUAACGAUGUUGGUGACGGCGAUGCGGAUGGCGAUGGUGUUGGUAACGGCGGUGGUGAAGUUGUUGGUGAAGGUGUUAGUGACAGUAACGGUUAUAGUGACAGUGAAGUCUCCUCCCCAGAGACUAAUCGUAGAUCUGCCACAUUGCACAUCGUAGGGUACAUCGAGGUGUAUAUGAUGCCACAUCUGGGUCGUUUAUUCGACUCUCGUUUCGAGCGCAUUAUCAUCGACCCAAAAUAUCGCAACAAGGGCGUUUGCCAAAAGAUGGUUGCUAUAGCAAUUGAUUUCUGUAGCUCCAUUAUGGGCUGUAAUCGGAUAGACAUGAUUUGCAGCAAUCCUAUUGCCAUCCACGUAUACGAGAAGUUCGGCUUCGAGCUUGUGAAGACAAACACAUAUCGCAAGACUUUGUCAUAG